CAGAACUAACAGAUACAGGUGAUACAGGAAAGCUCUAGGAGAAGACACUUCAACCAUAACAAUGUCUGGAUACACGCUGAGCUACUUCCCAAUUAGAGGAAGGGCUGAGGCCAUUAGACUGUUACUAGCCGAUCAGGGGGCUUCAUGGACUGAUGAAGAAGUGCAGAUGGCAGAUUGGUUCUCUGGAAAAAGUGAAAUCAAGAAGACAGCGGUUUUUGGUCAAGUACCUAAAUUUCAACAUGGAGACUUUGUUUUGUAUCAGAGCAACAGCAUCAUGAGAUACCUGGGACACAUAUAUGGGAUCAGCGGCAGCAACACUCAGGAGAGUGCACUUAUCGACAUGGUGAAUGAUGGCGUGGAGGACCUGAGGCUGAAAUAUGGCCGCCUGAUAUUCUUUGAAUAUGAGACUGGUAAGGAGAAAUACAUAAAAGACCUGCCCAAUCAACUCUCAGCAUUUGAAAGGAUACUUUCCAACAAUUCCAAUGGAACUAAAUUUGUGGUUGGAGAUAAGAUCUCAUAUACAGACUACAAUUUGCUGGACACUCUUCAAUGUCACAUUGACCUUGACCCAAAAUGUUUGACCUCAUUCCCUCUGCUCUCUGCCUAUGUGGAACGCAUUGCCUCUCGUCCCAAACUCAGCGAGUACUUGAAAUCUGAGAAGCGCAAUAAGCGACCUAUCACCCCAAAACACAAAUGAGCAGCUUUUAUCA